CAUCGAGUCUUCUGCCCAUUAUUAUCAUCUUCUAACCUUAACGGCCCUUCCCCCCUCUCAUCCCCUCUCCUCCAACCGGUUUUCGUCUCCCCCUCCUGCUCCAUCCCAAUGUCAUGUGCUGCAAUCCCGUGCCCCCCUCCUCACCCAACUGCUCCAUUGAGAAUUCUGAUUGGCCGGCAGGCCUCCUCUGCCCCCGGUUGCCGGAGGAGGGGUUCACCCGGAAUCACGUGGAACGCGCCAACCCUCCCAGCUCGAAACGGGAAAAGGGGACUAUUGGUGGCUGGCUGGCUGUGGUCAGCUUAGGGAGUGGCCUGCCCUCGGGAUCCCAAGUACACGACCCACAAUCGAAUGAGCAAAUGCUCUUUUUAUCCUGCCGAAGUCGAUUAUUGGAGUGGGAACUUCGCUGCGCCAUGGAGGGUGCCUGCUCAUCCCGACGGUCGUCAGCCCGUAAGGUUGAGUCACCACCGUCGUUUGUCUCUGAUUCUAUCCGCUUAGCUGCCGAUCCUUUUGGACCGUCUGGACUGUCUCGAGCACGACUGGACUGCGCAUUCGUCGCGGGGCAGGCCUAUUUCCAAACUGGUGGUCAUGGAUGGCUCCUGAUGGCCAGUGUACAAAAGCAUGGCAAGGAGGUCCACGGCCUCCCUCCAUUGGCACGACCGAUCCACGAUGGGUCUCUCCUACGCCCCCAUUGCCAUUGCACAGCAACUCUGUUUUCUUCGAGCCCGGGUCAGUUCCGAAUCUUUCCAAGGCGGCUGCUACCUCCAACUGUCACAUGUAUGCGCAAUGCAACCUAUCAGAUCCCCCGCGAGGUCCUCUAGUCUCUCCUCCCCAGUAUGAGCGCACGCUCUACAGAUGCUACCUUUACCGGUCUAGGGAUGCGUGUCAAGGGUUACAUGCAGAAAGAGGGUCCCAAAUGAAGAGGUUUCGCAGUAAAUCUUCGAAAAGAGGCGACCAUCUGAUGGGGGGGCCGCCGCUGAUCAGUUGGUCAUGAGAUAAGAUGCUGGAGUGGAUACACUACCAUGAGGUACUUUAGCUUGCUGUAGCGAUUAGAGAAGCCGGGGCCCUC